CCCGUGUGCAUGGGGGCGCUGUACUUCCUGAGUUACUUGCUUUCGUGCGUUAACUUCCGCCAUGACUUCCACCCGCUUGCCGUAGAACGAGGUUUAGCAAGAUGUCGGCGUUCAAGAGGAAACGUGGGGGAAAAGGUCCUGGAGGUAAAAAAGCGAAAAAAGUUAAAUUUGAGGAAAAUGAAAACGCCGAAAAGAAUGUCAAUACAGACCAGACACAAACGAGUGAAAUCAACAUUCCAGCACCGGUUUCAAUGGGAAAAUGGAAGAACAAAGAACGCGUUCUGAUAUUUUCUUCGAGGGGUAUCAACUUCAGAACUCGACACUUAAUGCAGGAUCUAAGGACAAUGAUGCCUCAUGCCAAAGCUGACACAAAAAUGGACCGAAAGGACAAGCUGUUCGUCGUCAAUGAGGUGUGUGAAAUCAAGAACUGUAACAAGUGUAUAUUCUUUGAGGCAAAGAAAAAGCAGGACCUCUACAUGUGGAUUUCUAAUGUCCCCCAUGGACCUUCUGCCAAAUUUCUGGUUCAAAAUGUGCACACACUGGCGGAGCUCAAAAUGACCGGUAACUGCCUUAAAGGAUCCAGACCACUGCUGUCAUUUGACCCUCAAUUUGACACGGCUCCGCAUUACUCUCUGUUGAAGGAGCUGUUCAUCCAGACUUUUGCAACUCCUCAGUAUCACCCAAAGAGCCAGCCAUUCGUGGAUCACGUCUUCACAUUUACAAUUGCGGACAACAGGAUAUGGUUCAGGAAUUACCAGAUCAUUGAAGAGGAUGCUUCAUUGGUGGAAAUUGGACCCCGCUUUGUGUUGAAUCUCAUCAAAAUCUUUCAAGGAAGUUUUGGUGGGCCUACGCUCUAUGAAAACCCACAUUUCACGUCGCCAAACAUGAACCGGCGGAUGAUCCGCUUGGCAGUGGCUGCUAAGCAACGGGAGCGCCAGCUCGUGCGGGAGGUUCAGAAGGCCAAGAGAAAUGAGACAAAGGAGGUGCUGAAGAACGAUGUGACUGAUGAUGUCUUUGACACCCCUGGGGUGGAGAAACCUGUGGAGAUUGAGCUGGAGGCGCCCCCGCCUAAGGUGCUGAAGAGAAGCAGACUCACAGAACUUAGAAGGAAGACCAGACUAAAGCGCAAGGGUCUAAGAUAAAGUACUGUUCAAAAUAAAACCAGAGUGAUUUCCUGCAUAUUCAGUUGUUAUAGAUAAUGGACGUGUUCAAGAACCUUUUGCAAGAGAGAAUGAUCUGAAAUGUCAUGUAGAUUGUUCCGUGUACCAUGGGUAUCCCAUGGAGAGUAUCCCAACAAGUUUAAAAGUCUCCUUUAUGAUUAUAUGGAUUUAUGCUGUUAAGACAUUUUCAUCAACAGACUUGCAGUCUUAUGUUUUUCAAUAAAUUAAACUUUUGACAAACAAA